ACAGUACAUCUAUCUACAUGAAUAAGUGGUAUUGUUCUCUGCGCUGCCACCACUCCGCGGUAACGUGCGCUCGCAGCGCGCACAAGCUUGGCGCGAGGUUCAAAAGUCCGCUCUAUGCCAUGCGCUAACUAUGUGACCACUCCUCAAGAGUCUCUUAGAAGGUUGAACAGGGAGCACCACGGGGCAAAUGCGUAUCCCACUGCGAUUGGAUUAACACUCGUCAGCGUCGCAUGUUUUAGAGCAUCGAGUGCUGAUCGUGAGCCGUCGUGGAUCGUAAGGCGGCGCGCGGUAAGUUAACUUAGGCAUCAUGAAUGCCGCCGAAGCGUCCACCAGUCCGACCGAUGUCUCCGCCCCCUCGCGGCAUCGAACUCUUCGGGGCCAAGCUCUGCUCAUAUGUGCAGCUGCGCUUUGUGCCGAAGACGGAAAGUUAAAUGCGACAGGCAGCGACCAAGCGCCAACUGUACGCGCACAAAGCAUGAUGCCGCCAGCAGAAGAGCUCCUGGUCCAAGAUGGUGCCUCUACCCGAUACAUAGAUGAGGUGCUCUUUGCGCACGAUAACGACAUUCGAUCGGCUAUGAGCAGCCCUAGGAGUAUCGAUGCAAGUGAUCCCAUGCCGGCCUCGUACUGUCGAAGUCCGUCGCGCAAACAGGCAACGCAGCUGUGGCAGGUCUACCUGAAUAUCGUCGACCCCCUUCUGAAACUUCUCCAUAUUCCUAGCGUCAACUCUCUUGUUUUCGCGGCCAUAAAUAACCCGGAAGAGGUAACCGCAGGCACGAGCGCGCUUCUUUUCGCAAUUGACUUCGCCGCCGUCACCAGUCUACCAUCCUCGGAUACUAUCCUGCUCUUAAAUCAGGACCGGCCGUCCGCACUCAAUCAAUUUCAGCGAGGACUAGAAAUUUCUCUUCAUGCAGCAGCGUUUCUGGAUUCGCCCACUAUUAUCACUUUACAAGAGAUGACGAUCUACCUGAGAUGUCGUCGAAGUCCUAGUGGUGGCCGUUCGGGUUGGGCUCUCAAUGGCCUCCUCAUCCGCAGCGCCCAGUCGAUUGGGCUUCAUCGAGACCCGGAACAUCUUAAGCUCACGCCGCUGGAAUAUAAUGGGCUCUCGACUGGUUGGGUGGAGAAUUCAUGCUAUACGAAGCUGCCCUUGAAUGCUGACGACCAAGAUAUUUACGCGAAAACAGAUGUUGCCCCAAUCCCUGGAGAGGGAUGGAUCGAGAUGAGUUUGUUUCUAACAACCGCAGAGCUCAACGGAGCAUUCCAGCGAGCCUCUCGACUGUCCGUAGGGGUACUUAACAGCCAGAACCCCAUGGACAGCUUGGAACAACUGUCAGAGCAUAAGGCUGCCAUCUUGCUGAGCCGAGUUUUCCUUGGAAAACUUAGCGUUUUCAUCCGGCAACAAUACCUGAGAAGACUGUGUGCGGAAGAAUCCACUGCUCGUACGGUGGAGGAAACAUUUGCACUGGCAUGUGACACCUUGUCUCUGGGCAUGGAGUUGAAAGAGGACGAGCUUCUGAGCAGUUACCAGUGGCAUUUCACCACGUAUCCCCAAUAUCACUUGCUUACCUACACACUGUGGCAGCUCUACGUCCGCCCGGACGUGCCCAGGGCAGAGCGAGCCUGGGAGCUGGUGAACAAACCUAGUCCCGGGCCAAAAUGGAAUGCUCUGCGCAGGCUGCGAGAGAGGGCAUUGAGUAUGUGCCGCGUUCGUCAAGCCGCACGGAUUCCUGCAGUAGAUGCAGUGAACACGGAAGCCGACAACACACUGGCUGAGAGGCUAAGUGAUGAGGGGCUCGAUGAGGCAUUUAGGGACGAUAUACUCCGGGAUCUGGAUUCAAUAUGCUUUCCAGAUUGGUCGACCUUCCCUCUAGCAUUGUGACGGGGGAAUGGAAUUGGAUAGAUCAAGUCCAAAGGUUGUAUAUCUCCUUCGAUAUAUUUGUCCAAGUAAUCUAGCUCGAAAUUGGGGUGAAUCCGACCCAGCGUCAUGGGCGCAAACAUGGAUAGCGG